AUGAGCAAGGAUUCCUCAGGUACACAAAGGUCACCGAGCGCAGGACACCUCCGCUUCUGCCCCAGAGACGAGCUGGCUCCCCGGUCGCCCCGGACGCCUCCGCUUAUGCCCCAGAGACGAACUGGCUCCCCGGUCGCCCCGGACGCCUCCGCUUCUGCCCCAGAGACGAACUGGCUCCCCGGUCGCCCCGGACGCCUCCGCUUCUGCCAGAGACGAACUGGCUCCCCGGUCGCCCCGGACGCCUCCGCUUCUGCCCCAGAGACGAACUGGCUCCCCGGUCGCCCCGGACGCCUCCGCUUCUGCCCCAGAGACGAAACUGGCUCCCGGCGCCCCGGACGCCUCCGCUUCUGCCCCAGAGACGAACUGGCUCCGGUCGCCCCGGACGCCUCCGCUUCUGCCCCAGAGACGAACUGGCUCCGGGCCUCCGCUUAUGCUGCACGCCUCCGCUUCUGCCCCAGAGACGCUGGCUCCCCGCGCCUCCGCUUAUGCCCCAGAGACGAACUGGCUCCCCGGUCGCCCCGGACGCCUCCGCUUAUGCCCCAGAGACGAACUGGCUCCCCGGACGCCUCCGCUUAUGCCCCAGAGACGAACUGGCUCCCCGGUCGCCGGGACGCCUCCGCUUAUGCCCCAGAGACGAACUGGCUCCCACGCCUCCGCUUAUGCCCCAGAGACGAACUGGCUCCCGGUCGCCCGGACGCCUCCGCUUCUGCCCCAGAGACGAACUGGCUCCCCGGUCGCCCGGACGCCUCCGCUUCUGCCCCAGAGACGAACUGGCUCCCCGGUCGCCCCGGACGCCUCCGCUUCUGCCCCAGAGACGAACUGGCUCCCCGGUCGCCCCGGACGCCUCCGUUUAUGCCCCAGAGACGAGCUGGCUCCCCGGUCGCCCCGGACGCCUCCGCUUCUGCCCCAGAGACGAACUGGCUCCCCGGUCGCCCCGGACGCCUCCGCUUCUGCCCCAGAGACGAGCUGGCUCCCCGGACGCCUCCGCUGCCCCAGAGACGACUGGCUCCCGACGCCUCCGCUUAUGCCCCAGAGACGAACUGGCUCCCCGGUCGCCCCGACGCCUCCGCUUCUGCCCCAGAGACGAGCUGGUCCCCGGACGCCUCCGCUUUGCCCCAGAGAGAACUGGCUCCCCGGUCGCCCCGGACGCCUCCGCUUCUGCCCCAGAGACGAACUGGCUCCCCGGUCGCCCCGGACGCCUCCGCGCCCAGAGACGACUGGCUCCCCGGUCGCCCGGACGCCUCCGCUUCUGCCCCAGAGACGAACUGGCUCCCCGUCGCCCGGACGCCUCCGCUAUGCCCCAGACGAACUGGCUCCCGGUCGCCCCGACGACACCGCGCUGAGUGCCCCGGGGUCGUGCGACGGGGACCAGGGGCGGCGGCGUCACGAGGCAGACCGGGGUUGACAACUGUGCUUUGUACGGGCAAGAGCUCAUUACAGGCAGUUACACCAGAUAAGACUAAUGUAAUUAGCGAGUUCUUUGACCCUGUCUUUGCGCAGCUGGCCACGGCUCUGCCUCAUGUCAUGCCUCAUGAGCAUCUAGCUCACUCAACAAGCAACGGAUAA